CCGCCCGCCCUGCGCGGGGGCAGCGCCGCGCAUCCCCGGCUGGCGGGCGGCUCCGCUCCCCUCCGCGCCCCUCCGCUCCCCUGCGCGGGGCUGCGGCGCCAUGGAGGCGGUGGACCAGCUCGCCUCCGCCGGCACUUUCCGUGUGGUGAAGGAACCGCUGGCCUUCCUUAGGGUGCUCGAGUGGCUUUUUGCAAUCUUUGCAUUUGCAACAUGCGGUGGGUACUCUGGAGGACUGCGCCUCAGUGUGGACUGUGCAAACAAGUCAGAGAGUGACCUCAACAUUGACAUAGACUUUGCCUACCCCUUCAGGUUGUAUCAAGUGAAUUUCGAUGUUCCCACUUGUGAAGGCAAGCACCGAGAAAAGCUCUCCUUGAUAGGGGACUUCUCCUCUUCGGCAGAGUUCUUUGUCACCAUUGCAGUCUUUGCCUUCCUCUACUCCCUGGCUGCCACCGUGGUUUAUAUCUUCUUCCAGAACAAGUACCGUGAAAACAACAGAGGGCCUCUAAUUGAUUUCAUUGUGACAGUGGUCUUCUCAUUCUUGUGGCUAGUGGGCUCAUCUGCUUGGGCUAAAGGACUGUCAGAUGUAAAGAUUGCAACCGACCCAGACGAAGUGCUAUUGCUGAUGUCUGCCUGCAAACAGCAGUCCAACAAAUGCUUGCCUGUUCGCAGCCCUGUUAUGUCAAGCCUCAACACUUCGGUUGUCUUUGGCUUCUUGAACUUUAUCCUCUGGGCAGGCAACAUUUGGUUUGUGUUUAAAGAGACGGGCUGGCAUUCCUCAGGCCAGCGGCACCCUCCAGACACCAUGGAGAAGCAGUCCAGCAGCUACAACCAAGGUGGCUACAACCAAGACAGCUACGGGCCAGCUGGUGGCUACAACCAGCCGGGCUCCUACGGCCAGGUGGGUGAAUACGGCCAGUCCCAGAGCUACGGCCAGAGCGGGCCGACCUCCUUCGCUAAUCAAAUUUAGGGUUCACACAGCACGAGCUCUUGCAUCCCUCACACAUACAGAGUCUAACAGGUCUCAAGUUUCAGUGGCACCAGGUUUCUAAGGGUUUUACACAAAUUAAUACUACAACACGCUGUGUAAUGUCAAUUGAAGAUCUAAGCCUACCUCCUGAGACAGAUGGGAGGUGGCCGGAGGGCUGGAGGUGGCCUUUUUUUCCCUGACUAGCCAGAUACAGGGAAUGUGCUCAUCGCAGGUGGUGACCUGGAGUCAGUGUUGUAGUAUGUCGUAGAGAUAACUUUAUGGUAGUUUUGUAUGUGUUAAGAUGGUAGAAGCAUUUUGUAGCCUCAAGUCUGUAGUAUUUAAUAUGCAUAAUAUAACUGACUUUCCUUCUGCAUUUUGGUGAAAAACAAAAGUGUUUUACUAUUAUUUCUACGGAUUAUUCUGUAUAUCCAUGCAUGUAACAUGGCACCUAAAUUUUCAAAACUGCCUGUCUGUGACUUUUCAGAACAUUUGUUUUGGUUAUACCUUUUUGUUUCAGAAGAUUUUGCUAUUAUUUUAGUUAACUGAGUAAUCCAUAAUUUAGUGCAUGGAUAAGCAGUUUCAUACUACCAAAUGUCUGGACUGUGUAAAUGGAACUUCUCAACUUCUGCCACUACAUUUUGUUAAAUGUGUGUUUAAAAGAAGUAUGCAUCUUUUAUAUAUUUUGCAGAGUUGAAUAUAUGGCUUACCCAAGUUCUGAAUGCUUUGUAACUGAAAUGUUUUUCUUUCAAAUGGCAUUCAGUAGUAUAUAUGGUACCUGACCAAUGUUUAUUCCAUUUAACUCAGCUAAGUAUUCAUUCUAUAAAUCACUAUUUCUAUGGAUGUUUUGUGAAUCUUUUAAUGUGAGCUGUGGAAAAUAAGGACCAAGUAACUGUGUUCUAUGUUUACAAAGGUAUUUAUUUAACUAUGAUAACAGAGGUGCAGAUAUCAGUAUACAAAACCAUGUGAAAAUGCCCUGUUUCUUAAUACAGCAAAACAUGAAAACCGCAUGUAUUGUUGUGACCUUACAAAACAUAACUAUUCCUUUAUACCCGCUUGUAAUAAGAAAACCUUUCCAUUCGUGCUCUUUCAAGAUUGUUAGAAAUCCCUCUGUUCUGUUGCUGCUCUGAGCGCUAGCUUGGUGCUACUGGAGAAUGUAACUGGAUUGACCAAAUAACCCAGGCUCAGAGGAGCUCAUCUUAAAAUAGCCAGAGCCAGACUUGUAGCCCAUUUGGAUUUCUCCCUUGGGAAAUGCAGCCCUUCCUCACUACAGUGUGUGGGACACGUUGACACAAAUGAAAGCCUGAAGCACAAUAUACUAAUCAAAACUGAUCAUCUGCAUUUCUAAAUCAAAGUGUAUCGAUAUAUAAUCUUAUUGUAUGAGCUGUAAUGUUGAAAGCAUCUUAGCUUAAAACAGCUUAGUCUCUUCUAUGAUUGUUGUAACCAGUUUAUGGCUACUCGGUGGAUGAAUCUAUAUUGUGAUAUCUAUUUGACCCUAAUAAAGUUAUUGCAUACAA